GGAAACCCGCUACUAACUGGCCUCUGGCUCCAUCUCCAUCUCGGUUCCGAUAUCGAUACAGAUCUGGUUUGUUUUGGCAUCAUCACGCGAUGUGGCUUUUAAAAAGGGGUUCGGAUUGCUCUGUUGCCUCCAAACAGUCGUUUGUGGGUAUGAUGGGAGCAUUGCUGGGACUGUUGCUGGCUCUGCUGGCUCUGGCCGGGAUCAUGGCCCGGCCUCAGAGUCCCUUCGAUAGCCUCAGUCUGGGCGCCAUGAGUCUGGCCGGGAAUAUCGCAGAUGUCGUUCAGAGCGGCGCCGCCUUGAGUCGCGACAUGGAAAUAGAUAACCCCCUGAUGUCGGUGCGCUCCAAGACAUCGGUGGGUUAUGGUGACGCCAUGCGACCGUUCCCGGGAUCGGAUUCCUCUGAAGAGGAGGAUCGACGUCGUCGUCGUCGUCGCCGUCGCCGCCGCCGGAGCCUGCACAGCCUGCUGCAUCGCUCCAAGCGAGCUCCGUGCUUCUGGAAGAUGUCCAGCAUGGCCACCACACCGGCAACCGGCGACGAUGAUGUGGAGGCACGUCGCAGGCGAGCGGCACGCAAGCGGGCCGCCAAUAAUGCCUCCCGUUCCCGCGUCAGUCCCAAGACGAGUGGCAAGAAGAAGCUACAGCGACGACGACGUCGCCAGGCGGCAUCUGUCCCGAGUCCGGUUGGAGGAAUGGGUUCGGAGGCAGGAGUCGGCUUAGGGGAUCGCAUCAAGGUCAUGUGGCUCUCCUUCGUGGACAAUGUGACGGAUUUGGUGCAACAGACGCGGCAGAAGAUUUCCGAAGCGGCCAACAGUGCAACGGGUUGAGGAUCAUUCAACUAUAUACAUAUAUAUUUUUAUAUACCUUUUUUUUUGUAUUUUAAGUGCAAUAAAUUAGUGUGCUUUUGGAUACCGGAAUGGCAAUUGAA